GCAGCAGAAGGAAUCCAGCAUGAGCUCCAAGCCAAAGCCCAUAGGGAUUAUCGGGGCUCCUUUCUCCAAGGGACAGCCUCGAGGAGGGGUAGAGAAAGGCCCCAAGGCACUGAGGAAUGCUGGUCUGGUGGAGAAACUUAAAGAGACAGAGUAUGAUGUGAAAGACUAUGGGGACCUGGCCUUUGCUGAUGUCCCUAAUGACAGCUCCUUUCAAAUUGUGAAGAACCCAAGAUCUGUGGGAAAAGCCAAUGAGCAGCUGGCUGCUGUGGUGGCAGAGGCCCAGAAGGACGGAAGAGUGACUGUGGUGUUGGGUGGAGACCACAGUAUGGCAGUUGGAAGCAUCUCUGGCCAUGCCAGGGUCCACCCUGACCUAUGUGUCAUUUGGGUGGAUGCUCACACCGAUAUCAACACUCCACUGACAACCAACUCUGGGAAUUUGCAUGGACAACCUGUGUCUUUUCUCCUGAAGGAACUGAAAGGAAAGUUCCCUGAUGUACCAGGAUUCUCCUGGGUGACUCCCUGCAUAUCUGCCAAGGAUAUAGUGUACAUCGGCUUGCGAGAUGUGGACCCCGGGGAACACUAUAUUAUAAAAACUCUGGGAAUUAAGUAUUUCUCAAUGACUGAAGUGGAUAAACUGGGAAUUGGCAAGGUGAUGGAAGAGACAUUCAGCUAUCUACUAGGAAGAAAGAAAAGGUCCAUCCACCUGAGUUUUGAUGUUGAUGGACUGGACCCAGCGUUCACACCAGCUACUGGCACACCUGUCGUUGGAGGCCUAUCUUAUAGAGAAGGUCUCUACAUCACAGAAGAAGUUUACAGGACAGGGCUACUCUCGGGACUGGAUAUCAUGGAAGUAAACCCAACUCUGGGGAAGACACCAGAAGAGGUGACUCGUACAGUGAACACAGCUGUAGCAUUGACCUUGUCUUGCUUUGGGACUUCUCGGGAGGGUAAUCACAAGCCAGGGGUUGACUACCUUAACCCACCUAAGUAAAUGUGGAUGUGUCACAUGAAAGCUGAUACAUGAAAGCAAAUCCAGUAGACCAAAGCAAGUUCUCCAAGAGCUCCUUCUUUCAGGAAUUUUCCCCCAGUAAGGAUUCCACCAAUACCUUUAUGGUAUGAAACUCAGGGUGUAGAAAUUUGAACAGCUAUGAAAUUAGGACAUACAGAAAUUAGGACAUAUGUAUUCCUACUUUAAGCAGAAGUUUACCCUUAAAAAGCAGUAUAAAUUAAUUCCCAAUUAAAGAUGCUCCAGCAUUUAAAAUACACAUCGAUGUAAGUGCCAAUUCACUAGAGUGGGCCUUAGGACAGUUGUGAACAAAGAUGUCCAAAGGGAGUUAGGUAACUGUGUACAUGUUGUUCAAAAGAUGUGAUUUUUUUGUAAUAAAUUCAUUAUAAAAUUC